AUGGAUAUUGUUUUAGAAAUCUUCGACACUUUAGUGUUCGAUAAGGCUUAUGCCAAGGUAUUCCCUAAAGAUGGCAUUUUAGGAAAAGCUUUGCAGACCAACAUUGCCAAAGCUGCUAGUCAUGCUUCUCAACAGUCAGAAGUAGCAGCUAAUUUUUACAACCAGACAGUGGCUCCUCAAGUCGACCUUUUUGUCAGUAACUACGUUCCUCCUAGUGUUUAUAAAUGGGCUGUUUCUUUGGGAUCCACUUCUAUGAAGCUGCUUCCUAGUCCAACCGGCUCCGAGCGCCAUGUAUAUGGUCUCCAGCCUACAUACUAUUUCAAACCUACUGAGUUUGCCACUCAGUCCGUGUUUGCUAGAGACUCUAUUUUCCGUCAAUCGUUCUCAAUCUUUCUGAUUACUUGGAUCUUUGGCUAUACCUUAUAUCUGUUAGUGGCAGGUUUAAGUUACAAGUUUGUCUAUGACCCGGCCAACUUCAAGCAUCCUAAAUAUCUCAAGAACCAAGUCCGUAUGGAAUUGCGCCAGUCACUCACUUCUAUCCCUGUUAUGACUUUAUUCACUGUGCCAUGGUUUGUGUGGGAACUAAGAGGAUAUUCCAAAUUGUAUUAUGAUGCUGACAAGUAUGGCCUUUGGUACAUUUUCUUCCAAUUCCCAUUAUUUCUGCUGUUUACUGAUAUGAACAUCUACUUCAUUCACCGAUGGUUACACUCUCCUGGCGUGUAUAAGCGUUUGCACAAGCCCCAUCACAAAUGGAUAGUGCCAACCCCUUUUGCAUCGCACGCUUUCCACCCUAUGGACGGAUAUUUGCAGUCGAUUCCUUACCAUGUGUUUCCGUUCAUUUUCCCAUUGCACAAGAUUGCAUAUGUAGUUUUGUUCAUGAUCAUUAAUGUGUGGACUGUAAUGAUUCACGACGGUGAAUAUUUGGCUCAUGAUCCUGUUAUCAACGGCUCAGCCUGUCACACUAUCCACCACUUGUACUUCAACUAUAACUAUGGACAAUACACCACGCUGUGGGACAGACUUGGUGGGUCUUACCGUACUCCCGACAAGGAGCUGUUUAACAAAUCCCUGAAGACCUCUGCAGAGACUUGGAAAAAACAGACUGCCACUAUGGAAUCCAUUCGUAAGGAGGUUGAGGAAGACGACGACGACAGAGUCUAUGCCGGAGAAGUCGACCAAAAGAAGAACCAAUAG